AUUGGGCCGAACGACAUAUUGCCGGACUAGUGGACUCUUCAACUGAAACAGAGUAUUUUGGAGGUUCGAACAGAACAAAGUCAUUGAAGUUUGGUUUCUCCGACAAACGUGGAAUUGGGAAUCACAGUGAUGAUCAAGACUUUGGCUUCUGCUCGCAUCUUCUUCUCUAAAACCUCUCCAUCUUUUCUUACUCCCCUCUCUAAGCUCUCUGUAUCACAUCGCCGGAAAUUCUCAGUGAUGGCCAAUGGAAGCGACGAGUUCGUGAAAGGAAAUGUUAAUCCAAAUGGCGUUGCUUUCAUCACUCUUGAUCGACCUAAAGCUCUCAACGCCAUGAAUCUAGAAAUGGAUUUGAAGUAUAAAAGCUUUCUUGAUGAAUGGGAAUCUGACCCUAGUGUCAAAUGUGUUGUUGUUGAAGGCAGCACACCUCGGGCCUUUUGUGCAGGGAUGGAUAUUAAAGGAGUUGUUGCAGAGAUCCUAAUGGACAAAAACACGUCUCUUGUGAAAAAGGUAUUUACAGCUGAAUAUAGCCUCAUAUGCAAGAUUGCUGGUUACAAAAAGCCAUAUAUCUCUUUAAUGGAUGGCAUAACAAUGGGAUUUGGUCUUGGCCUCUCUGGACAUGGACGCUACCGCGUGAUAACAGAGAGGACGGUCCUCGCAAUGCCAGAAAAUGGAAUCGGUUUGUUUCCAGAUGUUGGAUUUUCAUAUAUAGCAGCUCAUAGCCCUGGCGAAGGAUCUGUUGGUUCUUACCUUGGUAUGACUGGGAGAAGGAUUUCCACACCUUCAGAUGCACUGUUUGUGGGUCUUGGGACACAUUAUGUACCAUCUGGAAAGCUAGGGUCACUCAAAGAAGCCAUUUUGUCAGCUGACAUUUCCAAGGAUCCCCAUCAACACAUCCAAGCAACUUUAUCAAAUUACAGCGGUGAUCCUGAAUCUGAAUCCCACCUCAAAAUGCUUUUGCCUCAGAUAGAAUCAGCUUUUAGUGCAAGUAAGUCUGUUAAGGAAACUAUAGAAGAGCUGAAGAAGUACCAGCAGAGCACUGAGGCUUCAGUUUCAGAAUGGGCUAAUGAAGCACUCCAAGGCCUUGAAAAAGGUGCACCGUUUUCUCUUUACCUAACACAUAAGUACUUCUCGAAAGUUGCUGGUGCCAAGGGUAAAAACAACAACACAAUGUCAAAACUUAACGGUGUGAUGAAAACUGAGUACCGCAUUGCUCUAAGAUCUGCAUUGCGCAAUGAUUUCACUGAAGGUGUUAGAGCAGUUUUGAUUGACAAGGACCAGAAUCCGAAAUGGAAACCAGCGAGCUUAGACGAUGUAGAUGAAACCGAAGUGGACGCUCUCUUUAAGCCAUUAAGUCCUGAAUUGGAAGAGCUAAACGUAUGAAAGCGACUUACCAAACAACAGAAGAUAUUCCGUAGCUCAUGGAUUGGUGAUUAUAGUGUUGCAGGCUUGCAGCUAUUGAACAUGUUUCAUCUAUUUAUUAAAAAAUUUCAAGUCGUAGAUUGAUCAACUUACAACAGAAGUAAAUAUUUUCCAUUAAGUCGUAUCAAUAGGGAUUGAUACAAACCAAAUAGAUAAAAAAACACAGUAAUCAAACUAUUUUUUUUCUU